AUGGAUUUUACUCGCGAUGACAACUCAAGUGAUGAACGGGAAAAUGAUGUAGACGCCAACACCAACAACCGUCACGAGAAGAAGGGUUACCAUCGCCACACUAAUGAACAAAUUCAUAGGCUUGAAACGUAUUUCAAGGAAUGUCCUCAUCCAGACGAAUUUCAGCGACGUCUGUUGGGUGAAGAACUGAAUCUGAAACCAAAACAAAUCAAAUUUUGGUUUCAAAACAAAAGAACUCAAGCUAAGAGUCACAAUGAAAAAGCAGACAAUGCAGCGCUUAGGGCAGAAAAUAUUAAGAUUAGACGUGAGAACGAAUCAAUGGAAGAUGCACUGAAUAAUGUGGUUUGCCCUCCAUGUGGUGGUCGUGGUCCUGGGAGAGAAGACCAACUUCGACAUCUCCAAAAACUCCGUGCACAAAACGCUUAUCUCAAAGAUGAGUAUGAAAGAGUCUCAAACUACCUAAAACAGUACGGAGGUCACUCAAUGCAUAACGUCGAGGCCACACCCUAUCUCCAUGGUCCAUCAAACCAUGCAUCAACGUCCAAGAACCGUCCAGCAUUGUACGGAACCUCUUCUAACCGUCUCCCCGAGCCUUCAAGCAUAUUUAGAGGACCAUACACUCGUGGAAACAUGAACACCACCGCACCGCCUCAGCCGCGAAAGCCGCUGGAAAUGCAGAAUUUCCAACCACUAUCUCAACUGGAGAAAAUUGCAAUGUUGGAAGCAGCGGAAAAAGCGGUGUCAGAGGUUUUGAGCCUCAUUCAAAUGGAUGAUACAAUGUGGAAAAAGUCGUCUAUUGAUGAUAGGCUCGUCAUUGAUCCAGGGCUCUAUGAGAAAUAUUUUACUAAGACUAACACAAAUGGUCGUCCUGAGUCUUCUAAAGAUGUCGUGGUGGUUCAAAUGGAUGCUGGAAACUUGAUCGACAUCUUCUUAACUGCGGAGAAAUGGGCGAGGCUUUUUCCAACAAUUGUGAACGAAGCUAAAACGAUUCACGUCUUGGAUUCCGUUGACCAUCGAGGAAAAACUUUCUCAAGAGUGAUUUAUGAGCAACUGCACAUACUGUCACCAUUGGUGCCACCGAGGGAAUUUAUGAUCCUAAGGACUUGCCAACAAAUUGAAGACAAUGUCUGGAUGAUUGCUGAUGUGUCGUGUCAUCUCCCAAACAUUGAGUUUGAUCUUUCGUUUCCCAUUUGCACCAAACGUCCCUCAGGUGUGCUCAUUCAAGCCUUGCCCCACGGCUUCUCUAAGGUGACGUGGAUAGAGCAUGUGGUAGUGAAUGAUAAUAGAGUGCGGCCACAUAAGCUUUACAGAGACCUCUUAUACGGCGGCUUUGGCUACGGAGCUCGACGUUGGACCGUUACUCUUGAGAGGACGUGUGAGAGGCUGAUUUUCUCCACCUCCGUCCCUGCCUUGCCCAACAAUGACAAUCCCGGAGUUGUGCAAACAAUACGAGGCAGAAAUAGCGUAAUGCAUUUGGGAGAAAGAAUGUUGAGGAACUUUGCAUGGAUGAUGAAAAUGGUUAACAAACUCGACUUCUCGCCACAGUCUGAAACUAACAACAGCGGAAUUAGGAUUGGGGUGCGGAUAAACAAUGAGGCGGGUCAACCGCCCGGUCUCAUUGUCUGUGCUGGUUCAUCUUUAUCCCUCCCUCUCCCUCCUGUCCAAGUGUACGAUUUCCUUAAGAAUCUGGAGGUUCGUCACCAGUGGGACGUUCUGUGCCAUGGGAAUCCAGCGACUGAGGCUGCUCGUUUCGUCACCGGAUCAAACCCAAGGAACACUGUGUCUUUUCUCGAGCCUUCAAUUAGGGAUAUUAAUACUAAGCUAAUGAUACUCCAAGAUAGCUUCAAAGAUGCAUUGGGAGGAAUGGUGGCCUACGCUCCAAUGGAUCUAAACACCGCCUGCGCUGCCAUUUCAGGCGAUAUCGAUCCUACCACCAUUCCAAUCCUCCCUUCCGGUUUUAUGAUCUCCCGUGACGGCCGUCCUUCCGAGGGCGAAGCCGAGGGUGGCAGCUAUACACUCCUCACCGUGGCUUUCCAGAUCCUUGUCUCCGGUCCGAGUUACUCUCCUGAUACCAACCUGGAAGUUUCUGCCACCACAGUCAAUACCUUGAUUAGCUCCACCGUUCAAAGGAUCAAAGCCAUGCUCAAGUGCGAAUGAUGGUCAGUGAGAGUCGUUUGAUGAAGUUACCAGUUCCCAACUCUCAACUCUUUGGUUUUUUAUCUUUCUUUCUUUUUCAAAUAAGUGAGAAGAGCUUUCUCCGUUUGAUUCUCUAAGGAGAGUCCUAGUACUUUUCCAUAUUUUUCGUUGGUUUUAAAACUUAUUCCAAUAAAUUUCUAAGGUAAGGGCCUUAGCUGAACAAUAUUUAUGUUGUUGCCUUUUGGCAUGUUUGUUUUCUGAC